AUGCAGGGAGCCUGUAUCUGGAUUAACAGACUUUCUGUGCUGCUGCUGUUGCUUUGCUCAGAACUCAUGGACUGCCAGCAGACAACAGACCACAGGAAGGUUCAUCAAAGGGCAGAGCGCCAACAGGAGUUCAAGGCAGAACAUGGAGAAAUUCAGGGCUCCUGGGGUGCCUGGGGGUCCUGGUCUACCUGCUCCCGGAGCUGUGGAAAAGGGGUACAGGAGCAAAGCAGGCCCUGCCUGCCUGCUUACACUCCAACCCAACAUUCGUCAAGAAGAUCUGGAAGUCAUCCUCAGCAGCCGGGCCACGUCAUCUCAUCCACGCAGCCGACACUCUCUGUGCACAGUGACACGGGUAGGCCUGUCAACAGCAGUCGUCGUGGUGAGCUGAGGAAGGAGACUCGACCAGGUGGACGAAGGAGGCUCGGUCACAUCGUCCCAGGGAGGUAUGGCUUUGGGAGAGCUCCGUAUGUUGCUCCGCUGCAGACGGACACAGGCCAGGGAUCGGGGACGGCUGGCUCCCGCAGACAGAGACGCUCGGCAGCUGCCCACCACCCCACAGCCGUAGGCCAAGGUGGCCACAGGUCAAACAACCUGGACCCUUCUAACAACCUCCACCGCUACAGCAUACCCUACGUUCAACCAAGGGCACAGCAGCCCAAUAACCAAGUCUGGGCCCCCCUCUACCAGCCGGGAUCAGUCCACCAGUCUGAGGAUCAGCAGCUACAACCAGGCAGCCAGACCUCUGGGCCCCAGCAGCACCACGCAAGACCCUAUAACCCUUUACCUACUUCUCUCUGUACGGGGGAGCACGCUCGCUACAGGAUCUGUAACAGUAAUGCCUGUCCUCCAUCCAGCAGAAACAUCAGGGCUGUUCAGUGUUCUUCUUACAACAACCAACCUUUCAUGGGCAGACUGUACGAGUGGGAACCCUUCAACGAGGUUCAAGGGGAUCAACACUGUGAACUGAACUGUCGGGCCAUCGGGUUCAGGUUCUACGUGCGGCAGUCGGACAGGGUGGUCGAUGGGACGCCAUGUGGACAGAAUGAUACCUCUCUGUGUGUGGCGGCAAAGUGUAAGAGUCUCGGCUGCGAUGACUACCUCGGAUCAGGGAGGGUGACGGACAGGUGCGGCAUGUGUGGAGGCGACAACUCCUCCUGCAGGCUGGUGUCGGGACUCUUUAAACACAGUCUGACCAAGGUCGGCUACCACAAGAUAGUGGAGAUCCCAGAGGGCGCCACCAAGAUCAACGUCACAGAGAUGCUGAAGAGCCGGAACUACCUAGCUCUCCGAAGCCGAUCGGGCCGAUCCAUCAUCAAUGGAAACUGGGCCAUUGACCGACCAGGGAAAUAUGAAGGAGGGGGAACCAUGUUCACCUACCGGAGACCCAAUGAAAUCAGUAGCACGGCCGGGGAGUCCUUCCUCGCUGAAGGGCCCACCAAUGAGAUCCUGGACGUUUAUAUGAUUUUCCAGCAGCCGAACCCUGGUGUUCAUUAUGAAUACAUUCUCCCCUCAGAGGAAACUGCCGGCCCUCAGCAACCAAACCACAAACCUGAAGAGAACACUGUGAAUGGUCAGGGAGGAUACGACCAUCACAGCAACACACACCAGGAAAACGUUGACGCAGUGGGUGGAGGGAGGUAUCCUCCUCGUCUCCCUGACAACCAGGUACCUGCCGUACAGCCACCUAGACGAGAGAGAGACUACAACUGGAAACUGAGUGGUGUUACAGAGUGCAGCUCCUCCUGUGGUAAAGGAUUCAGAUACUCCGUCUUUCAAUGUGUCCACCGGCUGAACCAUGUCCAGGUGUCCGAUGCUUUGUGUGACAGCAGCAGCAGACCGAGUCCACAGGAAGAGGCCUGCAACCUGCAGCCCUGUCCAGCAUUCUGGGAUAUUGGAGAGUGGUCUGAGUGCAGCAAGACCUGCGGCCUGGGUAUGCAGCACCGACAGGUUCUGUGUCGCCAGGUGUACGCCAACCGCACCCUCAACGUCCACACCAGCCGCUGCCGACACCUGGAGCGGCCGGAAACAGCCAGCACCUGCCAGCUGAAGAUCUGCAGUGAGUGGCAGAUCCGCUCCGAGUGGACGGCCUGCUCUGUGCCGUGUGGGCUGGGUCAAAGGUCGCGGGAGGUACGCUGUGUCAGCAACGUGGGCGACUUUGUUCCAGAUGAGGAGUGCAACAUGAAUCUGCGGCCCGUUGAUUCAGAGAACUGCGACAUGGGAACCUGUGCCAAGAGCUGGUUUUACACUGAUUGGGGGAAUAAGUGCUCUGCUGAAUGUGAGAUGGGUGUACGGACGAGAGGAGUCCUCUGCCUGAACAACCAAGUCAGCAGCCUUCCUCUGGAGGGGUGUGGCAGUCAUCGCCCCGCCGACUCUCAGGUCUGCAACAACGGCCCAUGCGAGAAUCGCAUAGAGUGGUUCACAGGCCCCUGGAGCCAGUGCUCUGCAGAGUGUGGUGCGGGCAGCCAGCAGAGGUCAGUGGUGUGUCUGAUGAGGUCAGAUGAAGGAUUCAACGUCAUGCCACUGUACGAGUGCUCCUCUCUGGAUCGACCCCUCAGUCAGCAGAGCUGCAACCUCAAGGACUGUGGAGCCAAGUGGUACCACACUGACUGGAGUGCUUGUUCAAAAACAUGUGAGGGAGGUUACCGUGUGCGGGAGGUGCGCUGCCUGUCUGACAACAUGCUCUCCAGUGAGGGCUGUGAUGAGCUGCAGAGACCACAGGAGAAGGAGGACUGCAACCCAGAGGCCUGCUUACCCAGCAUAGAUGAGAACUGCAUGGACAAAUACUUCAACUGCAACGUGGUGGUCCAGGCUCGCCUCUGCGUGUACGAUUACUACAAGACCACGUGCUGCGCUUCCUGCUCACGUGUGGCCCACAGACAGAUGAUUCACCGGGGCCGCAGCUAG